AUGUCUCUACCUGUUGCUUACCAAAAUGAGAUAGAAAUUCUUGAAAAUCAAGUCCGGCUGAAGAACCCACCCGAUAUCCUACAAUUUUGCUCCGACUAUUUUCUUCGUCGUCUUGCCGACGAACGUGCUACCUAUCUUAAAACCCGAGGCUCUUCAUCACUCUAUAGAACCAGCGCCAUGUCGGGAACAGCAUUCACGAGCCCUUUCGCGGCAAACUCUAAUCCUUUCAAUAACGAUGGGUCUAAAUCUGAGUCUGGAAGAAGCACGCCACCAGGUUUAUUAAAUGUAGUUGAGGAAGACGAGAAUGACACCAUCACUUCGCCCACAACCCCGUCAUUAAGGCCUAGUACAUUCGUGUCCACCAUACCUAGCGCUUCUUUUCGCGGCCCUUUUGGUGGCUCCUUGGACGGGUCGCUGGAUGGUCCCCCAUCUGCGUUUAGAACGCCACCAAAUCCUGAUAGUUACCCAGCUCAAUACAACUUUGGCCGUCGCACUUCGGUUUCCGCCGAAUCGCUGAAGCCAGUGGCGGAUGUUAAUGAUAACUGGACACCCCCAUCAUACCCUAAAACCGCCGACCAGCUAGAGAGGUUGAAGAAGGCCAUCGAAGGCAACUUCCUAUUUAGUCACCUGGAUGACGAGCAAAAUGCUCAGAUCUUGGGCGCUCUACAAGAAAAGCCAAUUCCGGCUAAGGAUAUCAAAGUUAUUACCCAAGGUGAUGCGGGUGACUAUUUCUAUAUCGUCGAAAGGGGCUCUUUUGACGUAUACGUCAACGACGCGGGCUCACUCCAACCUGGCCCCGAUGGUAUGGGUAACAGAGUAGGAACCAUACAGUCUGGGGGCUCUUUUGGUGAGCUGGCCUUGAUGUACAAUGCGCCGAGAGCCGCUACUGUUACUUCUGCUGAACCUGGCUGCACAUUAUGGGCGCUUGAUCGCGUCACAUUCCGUCGGAUUCUUAUGGAGUCUACAUUUGCACGUAGAAGACUAUACGAAAGCUUCCUAGAGGAGGUACCACUCUUAUCUUCCCUCACGCCCUACGAAAGGUCAAAAAUCGCCGAUGCACUGGAGACUAAGAAGUUUCCUAAGGGCUACAAGAUCAUCACGCAAGGAGAUAUCGGCACCUCAUUCUUCCUCCUAGAAGACGGCGAGGCAGAUGCUUUCAAGAACGGGGGUUCGGAGUCGGUGAAGCAUUACAAAAAGGGUGAUUUCUUCGGUGAGCUUGCGCUCUUGGACGAUAAGCCCCGUGCUGCGGACGUCAUUAGCGCUACCGAGGUGAAGGUUGCGACUUUGGGCAAAAAUGCGUUCCAGAGAUUACUUGGACCUGUCGAGGGUAUCAUGAGGAGAACCAAGUACGUAGGUGUUAAGUCAGGGGUUGAAGACGUUGACCCCCUACACGCGACAUUUUAA